GUCAGUACUGAUCAUGUGAAGUCCUUGUCCAAACCCCGCCUUGCUGUGCUGUCAAAUAGAAUUCUAUCCUGGUUGCACAUCUGUACAUUUUGUUAGGGACCAAUCGUGUUCUCUACUGCCGUGGUUUCCUGUGCUCUCAUCAGGUCCCAGGAAACACCAGAGUGAGUUCCACGCUUCUUUCAGAUCCACUCUGACAGACACACAUUCCCAACCCCGUCCCGUAGGAUUCAGGCUGGGCCGUCUCCUUCCACCCGGACAGCUGUUUUUCAUCUGGUGUGGUUGGAACGGGAAAAAACCUGAGGUUUUCUCUGCACCUCUGCACUAACACAUGGGGAUCUGAACGAGUCCGUCCGUGUGUGUGUUGCUUCACAUCAGUCUGUUUGGGAUCAUCUGGCCACAUCAGUUCCUAACCUGGUCAACAGUCAGGCUAAUAGUUGAUCCUUUAACUGAGGAGGGAAGAGCCAGAGCGUAGCAGAGUCCCGGAGACCACAGGUUGCCCUGCCAUCUCUCUGUUACCACCUCCAGCAGGACAUCAGCCAUGGCUAAAGGCUUCUACAUCAGUAAGAACAUGGGGCUAGCAGGCCUUCUGAUGGGGGCUGCAGCAGUGGUCAUCAUCAUAGCCCUGGCAGCAGUCUACGAUAAGGAAAAGACCAAGAACCAGAACAAACCUGUGGAUGGUGUGACCAUGUUGACCACCGCCUCUCCAACCACCUCCUCCUCCACCAUCUCCACUCCUAAAGACCCCUGGGAACACUACAGACUGCCUGACUCGCUGUCUCCCGUCUCCUACAACAUCACCCUCUGGCCUCGACUGGUUGUCAACGCCUCUACUGGCCUCUACAUCUUCACAGGACAGUCAGCUGUGGUGUUCCAGUGUGAGAAGGACACAGAUCUGAUCGUCAUCCACUGUAACAAGCUGAACCUGACUCUGCUCGACGGUCACCAUGCUAGACUGACUGGCCUGGAUGGAGCGACUGCUCCUAACGUAAAGACUAGCUGGCUGCAGGUGAAGACCGAGUACCUGGUCAUUCAGCUGAAUGGGAAGCUAGCUGCUGGCAAGUCCUAUAAGCUUUCCACAGACUUCCAGGGAGAGCUGGCUGAUGACCUGAAAGGAUUCUAUAGGAGUGAAUAUACAGAAGAUGGUGUUAAAAAAGUUGUAGCCACGUCUCAGAUGCAGGCCACGUUCGCCAGGAAAGCCUUCCCCUGUUUCGAUGAACCUGCCAUGAAGGCCGUCUUCCACAUUACGCUCAUCCACCAACGAGGAACUGUAGCUCUGUCCAACGGACGGGACGUUGAGACCGUCAACACCACCAUAGAUGGCACUGAAGUCACCAUGACCAGAUUUGAGCCCACUAAAAGAAUGUCAACAUACCUCCUGGCAUUUAUCGUCAGUGACUUCGCUCAUAUCACUGGAUCGAUAGAGAACGACACCGUUUUGGUCCGUAUCUGGGCUCGGAGGAAAGCUAUAGCUGAGGGACAUGGACACUACGCUCUCAAUGUUACAGGACCAAUGCUCAAGUUUUUUGAACGAUACUACAAUGCCAGCUACCCGCUGUCCAAGUCAGACCAGAUAGCUCUGCCUGACUUCAACGCUGGAGCCAUGGAGAACUGGGGUCUGAUCACCUACAGAGAGACAGCCCUGCUGUACGAUCCAGCCAUCUCCUCUGUUGGAAACAAAGAGAGAGUCUUGACUGUGGUGGCUCACGAACUGGCUCAUAUGUGGUUUGGGAACCUGGUGACUCUGAGAUGGUGGAAUGACCUGUGGCUGAACGAGGGCUUUGCCAGCUAUGUGGAGUAUCUAGGAGCUGACUACGCUGAACCCACCUGGAACAUCAAAGAGCAGAUCAUCCUGAAUGAUGUCCACAAGGUGUUUGCUGUGGACGCCCUGGCCUCAUCUCAUCCUCUGUCCCGCAAAGAGGAGGAAGUCAACCAGCCUGACGAGAUCAGUGAGAUGUUCAACACCAUCUCCUACAGCAAGGGUUCUGCAGUUCUAAGGAUGCUGUCUGAGUUCCUGACAGAGCCGGUCUUCGCCAGAGGACUUAGUGUGAGUAAAGUAUAG